GCGUGGGGCGGAGUCACGGGGCGGAGCCGCCGCCAUCUUGGAGCGGGAGGCGGAGCGAAGCAGACAGGGAGGGAGCGACCGACCGGGGCCGCUGCCGCCGCCAUGAACCCCGAGUAUGAUUACCUGUUUAAGCUGCUCUUGAUCGGCGACUCAGGUGUAGGGAAGUCCUGCCUGCUCCUGCGCUUUGCGGAUGACACGUACACUGAGAGCUACAUCAGCACCAUCGGGGUGGACUUCAAGAUCCGGACCAUUGAGCUGGACGGCAAAACCAUCAAGCUGCAGAUUUGGGACACAGCGGGUCAGGAGCGCUUCCGGACCAUCACGUCCAGCUACUACCGGGGGGCCCACGGCAUCAUCGUGGUGUACGACGUCACCGACCAGGAAUCCUACGCCAACGUCAAGCAGUGGCUGGAGGAGAUCAACAGAUACGCCAGCGAGAAUGUCAACAAGCUGCUGGUGGGCAACAAAAGUGACCUCACCACCAAGAAGGUGGUGGACAACCCCACUGCCAAGGAGUUCGCUGACUCCCUGGGCAUCCCCUUUCUGGAGACCAGUGCCAAGAACGCCACCAACGUGGAGCAGGCCUUCAUGACCAUGGCCGCCGAGAUCAAGAAGCGCAUGGGCCCCGGGGCGGCCUCGGGGGGCGAGCGGCCCAACCUCAAGAUCGACAGCACCCCGGUGAAGCCGGCCAGUGGAGGCUGCUGCUAGGGGGCGCAGCCGGGGCCCAGGGCGGGAGCACACCUCUUUUCAGAUGAUGCCCCGGAGGCCGGAGGCCCCGCCUCCCCCCAUCCCCACUGAGGGGCAUUUGAUUCUGUGGCUUGGGGGCCCACCCCCACCCGACCUCCCUCCCACAGCCCUCGUUCCAUCUUUGCUGCGGGCAGGGCCAGGGGCAGGGGCAGCUGAGCGAGCCUCCAGGCCUUGCUCUGGGCACUGCUGCUUUCCUAGUCCUUGGAGAGCCCUUCCCUGCCCCCGGCCUCCCCCCAGCUUUCCUGGGGAGGAUCUGCCUUGUUCCCAGCUCGCUCCCCCUGCUUUCCCUCAGAGCUGCAGUGAGUCCUGGGUAGCCCGUCUCCCAUUCCCGAGCCCCCCGCACCCCUUGGCUCUCAUUGUCCGAGAGCCAGACCUGAGGCCCAGACUGUGGGGAACGUGGGUCCUGGGCAGGAUGGGCCAGACCUCAGGAGGGAACGGCCCUGGGAGCCCCUGCUCCCUUCCCCCUCUUCCUGCACCCCCUCAGCUUCCCCCUCCCUGCCUUGAGCUUGCAGCUCCAUCCGUCCAUAAUGGCUUGGGGGGGAGGGGGGCAGGCUUUGCACAAAGCCAGAGGUGCGGCUGUUUGUGCUGGAGGGGCCUGCAGGCCUCCCUCGCCCCUGGUGUGCUCGCCCCCUCUCCCCUUCUUGGCCUAAGGGGGAGGGGGGGCUGAGGAGGUGGAGGACCCCCUGUGGCUGGCUCCUCCCCCCGCCCCGCCUUACUCGCUCCUGGUUUUUUCCUCCACCCCAGGAUAGAGUAAAUGGUAUUUCUUGCCUUGGCUCCAUUACUUGUGUGCCCCCCCCCCCAUUUCUUCCUUUGUCAUGGCCCCUGGUUCCCAAACAGCUUGAGCGCUUCUCCCAGUGAAGUUCUGGUCCAGGUGAUGGCCAGGGUCCAUCUCUGCCCCCCUCCCAUGCCCCAAGACAUUGAGUCCUCCGAUCUAGGGACCCAUUCACCCCCUCCCCCUGGGCUGCGGUCCCCUGGUCAGUGUGACACCCGCCUGCACGCACAGGGACACGUGUGUUUUUGCUUGGCUCGGACCGUGCAGGGAAGCCCUCCCUCGGAGGUGCCCCCCCCCCCAUCCUUCCUUCCUAGUCACAUUUCGUCCAGCAUUUUGCAAGGAAAAGCCACUUGGGGAAAAGGGACAAGGACAAAAAUAAAUCAAAUCUCCGGUGGCCUCGGGAGAGCCCCCCCACCCCCAGAGGUUUUGCAAGGAA